UCUCUCUCUCUCUCUCUCUGAAAAUAGCAAGUUAAGCUUCUUCCAUGGAGUUUGGGGCACUCUACUAAUAUCUAUUCCAUUCUGAGCUCUGUUUUAUCUCUUUACUCCGUACCACAAUAACACUGUUAAUACUAUUCACUGCCCAAGAAAAUGGCGUUCCUUUCAAUUUGAGGCUUCUAAAGGAACAAAAAAUUUGUGGGUUUUCUUUCUGUUUUAUAGAGGUGGGAUCUUUUUAGUGAUGAUUCUUCAAAUGCUGCCCGAUAUUUAGCUUUAUCUCUGUGAGGUUUUUGAGGAGUUAAAUCUCUGAACUUGAUAUUCAUUAGGAAAAAAAAUCAAUAUUUUUUGGAUAAUUUUGAAUUGGGUUUCUAUAUAAGUUCUUAAAUUUGGAUUCUGUUCCUUGUAAUGGAGUCUUGGAGCUGUGUGUCUGAAGGGAAGGGGUUUGUGUCUGAAGAAACAAUUUCGCCUUUUAAUUCAUUUACUAGAAGUAAAAAUGCUCUCUUGGGUUGGGAAUUGAAAACCUUAACCACCCCAUGUACUUUUGGCAACAAUAUGUACUUGUCAAGCCAACCAGCUAUUGAGAAUCAUCAAGGUUUUGGAGAGUACAUAGAAAUGGUGGGGAAACAGGUACCCGGCGAUUCGGUUUGCGGAGGAAAGAUCAUUGAUCCGACCCCGGAAGUUGUGUUUUCUAGAGAAGAUGACUCCACUUCAAAGCUUUCAAGCUCGGUUUUGGACUCAAGCAGCCGGGAUUCUUCACUCAUUGAUUUGAAGUUGGGGCGAAUUGGCGACCGCCGAGAUGUUCAUAAUUCCAAAUUCUCUAAAGGACUUCCGGGUUUGUCUUCGUCGGAGUCGUCAACACCUCCAAAGAGAAUAAGGCUCUCAGGGGUGAAUUCCCAUACGGCCUUCUGCCAGGUUUAUGGCUGUAACAAGGAUCUCAGCUCUUCUAAAGACUACCACAAGAGACAUAAAGUUUGUGAGCUACAUUCAAAAACUGCUAAAGUUAUUGUUAAUGGUAUAGAACAGAGGUUUUGUCAGCAAUGUAGCAGGUUCCAUUUGCUGGCUGAAUUUGAUGAUGGUAAGCGCAGCUGCCGUAAACGCCUUGCUGGACACAAUGAGCGUCGGAGAAAGCCUCAAGUUGGCAUCCACUCUGGUAGAGCUGGAAGGAUGAUUCAGUCAUAUAAUGGUAUUAAAUUAAGAUCAUCUCUAAUUCUAAACUAUGUCUUCAGCUUUUUGCAUCCCGAGAAAUACGGAACAAGUGACUGGUGCCGCCGCAUAAAAGUUGAAGACGGAUCCGAUUACAGGCCUCUCUCAACUGUUUCUGCUACAAGUGUGCAUCUUCGUUCAAAAUUACUCUUCCCUCGUGAUGUUGGAAAGGAAUUUCCUUCUUUCCAUGAAAGUGGAGCAAAUCCUGUGACUGCAGGUGUUUUCGGUGACCAUUGUAGCCAAUAUCCACAUGUGCUGGGAGGGACAGACUCUGGUUCUCGGGCUUUCUUCCACAACACCAUGUUAGGAUGUGAAGAAUUGAGUAGCUUCAGUACAGCACCAACCAUUCAGGGACUUUCAGGGACAUCAGACUCUGGUUGUGCUCUCUCUCUUCUGUCAUCUCAGUCGCAGAACUCUCAAAACCACCUGUCAGGAUUUCCCAUGGCCCGUCCCUUGGUCAAGCCGGGUAGCCAUACCUGUUAUAGCAUGAGUCAGGUCUCU